CAAUCCUUCAAAAAUGAGCAAGGAAGCAGAAAAAGUCGUCCAGCUCUACGCCGGCCUCUUCAAAGGCACAAUCGCCAUCUCCACCCUCGUCGCGUCCAUCACCUUCCAAGUCAUCAUCCAGCAGAUCGAAAAACCAGACGUCGACUUCUCCCUGGAGCACCGAAUCGACUACAAAGACGCACGCUCAUUCCUCGCGAUUGCCUGGACGCUAUGCAUCAGCGCGUUGGGUAUCGCAUGCAUUUCGUACGCAGUGCUGACACUGAACAAAGAGAGGGUUGUGGAGAUGUUGGAGACGCAGAAUAAGGAUUGGACCUAUUACGUCUACGUCUUCGCGGGCGCCAUUGCUUCGAUUUUAUGCCAGUUUCUGCUGCUGAGCGCGUUUCUGAUGUGCUCGAUGGCGGUUUCUGCAUACUCGGAGAAGGCUGGAUGGACUGCGGCUGGAGUAAUAAUCAUAUUGAUGAUUGCUGCUGUGAUUCUGUGGCCAUGGCAGCUGUGGAAAACGCGCGACCGAUUGAAGAACGGUGCUACAUCGACAACCGGAACUUCCAAUGUGUAGGAGGCACGUACGACAAAGCCUCGGCAUUUCACAUGUAUCAUGCAGCGAAUUGCCAUUAUGCAUGGGAGUAUCCUGAUAGAGCUCGAGGCAAUCAACAUUGCGCGAUUCUUCGGAUGUACGCUCUUUUUGCGGGGAUUAAGUGUGGAAACAGAAGCGAACAGGAGAAUCGAAUUCCCCUUCACAUACAAGUGCCAGAACUAAGGAAAGCAUAUGAGAAGUGAAACGAGC